UGGAGCGCGCCCAUGGCCGCCAGGAGGCACAUGAUCAAGAGGAAGCGCGCAGUGAUCGCUCCUCUCCUCCGCUAUUCCUGAGAUUUGUGGAGGAGUUAGAGGGUGUGAGGGAGUUUGUGUGAUGGAGCGCUGGAAGGGCAGGGUAGCUCUGGUCUCUGGAGCCUCGGUGGGGAUCGGAGCUGCUGUAGUGAAGGAGCUCGUUCAGCACGGUAUGAAGGUGGUGGGCUGCGCCAGGAGCGUGGACAAGAUAGAGAAACUGGCAGCAGAAUGCGCUCGAUCCGGAUUCAGAGGAACUCUGAUUCCAUACAAGUGUGAUCUGUCUGUGGAGGAGGAGAUUAUAAACAUGUUCUCUGCAAUCAAAUCCUCACACCAGGGCGUCGAUGUGUUAAUCAAUAAUGCUGGGUUAGCUCUACCAGAACCCUUACUGACUGGAAGAACCAGCAGCUGGAGAAACAUGAUUGAUGUGAAUGUAAUAGCUCUGUCAGUCUGCACUCGUGAAGCGUAUCAGUCCAUGAAAGAGAGAAAUGUGGAUGAUGGACACAUUAUUAACGUUAAUGGCAUGAGUGGACACCGGGUGGUGCACAGUGCUGAUGUACACUUCUACUGUUCCACCAAGUACGCUGUGACCGCUCUCACUGAGGGCCUCCGGCAGGAACUGAGGGACGCCAAGAGCCACAUACGUGCUACAUGUAUUUCUCCUGGUCUAGUAGAAACAGAAUUUGUUUAUCGGCUCUACAGAGAAAACCCAGAGAAAGCUGCAGCUACAUAUAGAGAUAAAAAGUGUCUUCAGGCUGGUGAUGUUGCCAGUGCUGUGGUUUAUGCUCUGAGUUCUCCUCCACAUGUUCAGAUUGGAGAUGUACAGAUGAGGGCUGUGGAACAGAUGUCUUAAUAAACAUCCUGUAUUAAACGGUGUAUAAAGUACAGGAUGACUGAAAGACUGAAGAUCUGAACCUGGAACUAUUAAAGAACUUUAGCAGUGUUGAACUUUGGGUGAAAAACCCAAAUAAACAGUGCACUAUCUGUAAAACAUUAGUCAGUUGAUUCUAAAGGGGGUGUGACUAAAACUGAAGAUAUAAAAAGAUGCACUGUAAAGUGGGGAUGAGUUUAUUGACCCAAACUGUUACUGGUUGAUUGUGGAAACUUUACACCAGACCUUCAGCUGCCUCUCCACUCUUCAUCCAGACUCUGGAGCUCGGUUUCCAAAUGAAAUGCAAAAGGUUUUCAUUAUGUGCAAUCCGUUAUAAUCAACAGUAAAAUAAAUAAACACUCUAAUUAGA